AGGCUCAGAGAACAGGGCCUUGGCGAGAGGCAGGGAACCCGCAGGGCUCCUGCCCUUCCCGGUGCCUCAGACCAGUGGCUGGAAUCCCCGGGGAAUGCAGGCAGCAUUAAACACAGAACACUGAAUAUUGCUGCUGCGGGCAGGGGGCUUUCCUGCAGAGGAGGCUCUGCUGGGCCAGCAGAAGAGGGCUCUUCUGAGCAUCCCCUAAAGAACCUGCUGGACUUGUGUCGGCAGAAAAGGGCUUUUGUGAGCAGCCCCUAGAGAGCCUCCUGGCCAGCAACAUGGAGAUGAGGUCGGGUGAGCCAUCAGGGAAGGUGAAAGAAAGGGAGGAGAGAGGAAAGAGAGCCCACAGAAACUCCUCCCAAGAGGUGCUGGAAUGGAGGGAGUCCUUUGACCAGCUCCUCAAGAGCAAAAGUGGGGUGAAUGCAUUCCACACCUUCCUGAAGACUGAAUUCAGCGAGGAGAACCUCGACUUCUGGCUGGCAUGCGAGGACUUCAAAAAGACCCGGUCGAAAACCAAGCUGGCCUCCAAAGCCAACAGGAUCUUCGAGGAGUUUGUCCAAAAUGAGGCGCCCAGGGAGGUGAACAUCGACCACGAAACCAGGGAGAUCACCCGCAAGAACCUCUCGGGGGCCACCUCGGCCUGCUUCAACGAGGCGCAGGCCAAGACGCGCACGCUGAUGGAGAAGGACUCCUACCCCCGCUUCCUGAAAUCCGCCUCCUACCAGGACAUGACCAAGCAGGCCGCCAGCCGCGGCGCCAGCAAGCGCUCGCACACCUGACCCGAGCCGGGGGACGAGCCGGGGGGGACGAGCCGGGGGCCAGGCACGGGGUGGGACACGGAGUGUGUGUGAGGGCCCCGGCCCGCGGGGCGGGGGUCCGGCUGAAGCUGUGGGGUUUGGCAGGAUCCUCAGCGCCCUCAGCGCUUCAGGAGCUGCAAGAGCCACACUCCUCCCUCCCCGGGGGUGGAGCCCUCACAGCUCGGCCGGAAACCUGCAGCACUGCAAACACGGAAAGAAAUGGGGUUUGGGCUGCGAGCCCAGCUCAAACUCAGCUCAUGGAUUCCCCUGAGCACCCAAACCCAAGAGUUCCCACCUGCUCUCUGACCGCCACAGGCUGCGGGGACAGCACAGGACCUGCCGCUCCUGCUCGCAGGGAAUGGCCAGGAUAACAGCCCCGAGGCUAUGUGGCAAUUCCAGCUGGAGGGAUCCUGCUCCUGCCUUCUCCUGACCCCAAGAUUCCCAGCAUCCUGAGCACUUCAUGAGCUGCCAGACCCACAUUCCUUCUUCCCUGGGGGUGGGAGCCCGGAGCCUCCCCUCGCGGCUCAGCCAAGACCUGCAGCACUGCAAACACGGAGAGAAAUGGGGUUUGGGCUGUGAGUGCACCUCAAACUCAUUCAGAGAUGGAUUCCCCCAAGCAACCCAAGAGCUCCCACCUGCUCUCUGACCGCCACAGGCUGCGGGGCCAGCACAGGACCUGCCGCUCCUGCUCACAGGGAAUGGCCAGGAUAAAAACCCCGAGGUUACUUGGCAAUUUCAGCUGGAGGGAUCCUGAGCCUGCCUUCUCCUGACCCCAAGAUCCUCCAGCUGUGUCCUAUGCAUGCUCUGCAUCGAAGCUUUCCAGCUCCUUCCAGUGCAGUGACAUUUUCAUCCCUCGCUUGAGCUCCACGACCUUCAGAUUGCACCUAAUCUUAGGUCACGUGCGUGACGUUUUCUCCCUGUUAUUGUUAUUUAUUUCAUCAUUAUUGUUAUUAUAGCUAUAUUUAUUAGAGGAGCACUGCUGAAAGCACACACGUGUAUCCCUUGCUCCGAGGAGCUUGUAAAUUAAAUUAUUUUAGCUGUUGUAGCACUUGGCAUGCCUCCCACCUUUUCUGUGUAAUUAUUUGAGAGGACCAGACAGAUUUGUAGCACAAUUUUGGAGCAAGGUACACCAGUAGCAGCAGGGAGGGCUGCUAGAGAGUUUGGAGGGCAGUGCAAGGAUGCUUUGCAGCCCAUGUUGUUUCCUCUCUCCCCUUAAAGAGGUGGAAGGCAUCUCAGCAGCUUGUCCUAGGCAGGGAACAGAGAGGUCAAACAGGCACUUUGGUGAACAACUCUAUGGAAAACUUGAUUUUCACACAUGGGAGAGAAAGCCCAGGGCUUUGCCUGGGUUUGUAAUCAGGCUUGGUGUUCCCUUGGAUGGUGAAACCAGCCUGCAGCCACAGCACUUUACCAGAAACCCAUGGAGUGAGCAAAACCAUCCUGUGAAUUCAGUGACUCGGGGGUGGCAGGACACAUCACCAGAACUGGGGGCAACUCUUCAGAAAGUCCCUUUCAGCAGGAAUUUUGGGGUCCUGGAGAGGUGUGGGUUCCACUUGGCAGCAGUAGUGGGUGGGUGUGUGAUGUGGAGCCUGUGCUGGGUCCUGGGGAAUGUGCCACCAGCACUGCUCCCUGCUGAGGGCUGCUUUCCAGGGCUCUGUUUAUCCCCAAAGAACAAACCUGGAGAUCCUUAUCCCACUGGUACUCACUCCUUGCCAAGGGAACUCUCUUUUGCCCCCCUGUCUCAGCAGCAUCAGAGCACAGCAUCCUUUGGGCUUUUCACAGCUGCUUGAGCAGAGCAAGGGACCAAAGACCAGUUUGGGGAUGUUACUCCGAGCCCUCUUCCACCACCCCCAUCCUGGCCCCACCUCUGAACCUCUGGCUGUUGUCCUGGCUGUGUUUACAGGGAGAUAUCAGCUGCUUUCUUAUUUAUUAUUUAUUUUUACAACUGGAAGCACCUUUGCUGUGUUACUGAAGCGAGCGAUGCACAAUGGUCUGUUCUCAUUGCCAAUGUAACGUUGUCAUAACAAAAUAAAAUAAAAUAAAAUGUAAAGAGCAAAAUAUCCUGACAACAUGGGCUGGGU